UAAUAUUUUAUAUUUAAACUUUUAAAUUAAUAUAUACCCUAAAAAAUGUCUAAAAAUAUAGCUGAUAUAAAUCAUUCUGAAAACUCUCAUUAUUCCCUAUUUCAACCAUUAUUGGCUCUUCUUAAUCCUAAUUAUUCAUCAUUCCAAUAUCAAAAUGACCCUUCUAUUGUAUCUUAUAUAUCAGAGUUAAUAGAAUCUUCUAUAUAUGAAUUAUCAGAAAAACAAAAUGAAUUAAAUAUUAAAGAUAAAAAGACUACAUAUGACUUGGUUGAAAUUAUUAAAAAGGAAUAUGAUCAUUUGAUCACUAUAUUAAAUUAUAAAAAUGAGUUUACUGGAUCUUUUAAUAUUCUUGAAGAAUCAGUUAAUAAAAUUCAAACAACAAUUACAUCUAUUAAUGAGAGAAUUUUAAAUUUUGGGCUUUUAAAAGAUGGAAUUAAUGGAAUUAAUGGAAUUCUUAAAGAGUUUCUUUUAUUACAUGAAUAUGAAGAAUAUAUUUUAAAUUUAUUUGAAAUUCCAUCUUUAAUAGAGAUAUGUAUAAGAAAUAAUAACUAUUCAGAGGCACUACAACUUAUAUCAUAUGGGAAAAAAUUGGGAGAUGAAUAUUCUCAAGUAGAUAUGAUUCAAGAUUUAGUAAAAAAAGUUAAUUAUAUGUCUGAAUAUUUACAAAAACAAUUAUUAUUACUUCUUAAAGGAACAAUAAAAUUAACAGAAGCUAUUAAAGUUAUUGAAUAUCUUCGUAGAACAAAUGAGUUUUUAGAGAUUGAAUUGUGCUAUAUAUUUCUAUUAUCUCGUUGGGAUUAUAUAGAGGGACUUAUUUCUGAUUUGAAUUCGUCUAAUAAACAAGAUAAUCCUGAAAAAUAUCUUAAAGAAUAUAUUGGGAUAUUUAGAGAACAUAGUUUUAAUAUAUUUUCAUAUUAUACAUUGAUAUUUUUAAGAGAGGAAUCUGUACUUUAUGUAUUUUCAGAAAAUUCAGAAAAUAAUAUUUCAGUAAAAAAUGAUGAUAAUUUGAAUGGAAAAAUAUCAAGAAGAAGAUUACUUUCAAAUUUUGCAUUACAUAUGGUAUCUGAAAUAAAAAAUACAUUGGCUAUAUAUAUUCCAUAUAUUUAUGAUAAUAAAGUAAAAGCAUCAAUACUUAAUCGUAUUUUAUAUUGUGGACAAAGUCUAGGAAGGAUUGGGGUUGAUUUUAGUUUAGCAUUAGUUGAUAUUUUUGGUGAUGAAUGGGUUGAUCUUAUUAAAGAUCAUGAAAAUAUGAUGAAAAAGUUAGAGACAAGUACAGAAAUAUAAAUGCAUAUCUCUUUAUAAUUCCUUUAUAUACAU